AUGACCAUAUUUCCAGCGAGACGAGCUGAGGAUCGCAACAGCAUAUCUGGUGGUGUCGGUGUCGCAGCUGGUGAUGGAGAUAGUGCCAUAUCAUCAGCUGGUGGAGAAGGCGGUGGUGGUGACGGCGAUGGUGGUGGUGGAGGUGACGGCGAUGGAGGUGGUGGAGAAGGUGAUGGAGGUGGUGGAGAAGGUGGUGGUAGUGGCGACGGCUAUUGCCGCUUAGGUGGAGGGCUACGAGAAGGGUUACUUUUAGGAGAAUGUUUUGGAGAUUUCCCAAAGGAAGGCCACUUAAACUUAAAACGCUGA